CUUUUACCGUAUACGCAUCUCCGGUUUCUGCUCUUCUCUCAUACAACAUCAGCAUCUUCUUCCAUCUAUUUCUCAAAUUCGGUUUAUUGACACCUGACAGUUCCUUUUGCCUCUUGGUUUACCUUCUCCACCAUGAACGGCGCCGCUGACCCCGAGAGGGAGCAGGCGCUGGAGGAUUACAAACGGAGUCUGCUCGAACUACGAGAAUGGGAGGCUAAACUCAAAUCCCUUCGCAUGGGCAUCAAGGAUCUACAGAGGGAGUUUGAUAUUUCAGAAGAGAACAUCAAAGCCCUGCAAAGUGUCGGUCAGAUUAUCGGAGAGGUGUUGAAACAGCUGGAUGAGGAGCGAUUUAUUGUCAAAGCCUCCUCCGGUCCCAGAUAUGUCGUCGGUUGCCGUUCGAAGGUCGAUAAGUUGAAAUUGAAACAGGGAACUCGUGUUGCCCUUGAUAUGACCACUCUCACCAUCAUGAGGAUGUUACCGCGGGAAGUCGAUCCGUUGGUGUACAACAUGUCGCUGGAAGAUCCAGGACAGGUCAACUUUGCCGGUAUUGGUGGUCUGAACGAUCAGAUUCGAGAGCUACGAGAGGUUAUUGAGUUACCGCUGAAGAACCCCGAGUUGUUCCAACGUGUGGGUAUCAAGCCACCCAAGGGUGUUUUGCUAUACGGGCCACCGGGAACUGGAAAAACGCUCCUGGCGCGUGCUGUAGCCAGUUCGAUGGAAACAAACUUCUUGAAAGUUGUUUCGUCUGCUAUUGUCGACAAGUACAUCGGUGAAUCCGCACGUUUAAUCCGAGAAAUGUUCGGUUAUGCCAAAGAACACGAGCCCUGUAUUAUCUUCAUGGACGAAAUCGAUGCUAUCGGUGGUCGACGUUUCUCGGAGGGUACCUCGGCGGAUCGUGAGAUCCAACGAACGCUGAUGGAACUCCUCAACCAGCUGGACGGAUUCGAUUAUCUUGGAAAGACAAAGAUUAUUAUGGCUACAAAUCGACCCGACACACUCGACCCUGCGUUGUUGCGUGCCGGUCGUCUGGACCGGAAGAUUGAAAUCCCCCUGCCUAACGAAGUUGGUCGUCUCGAGAUUCUGAAGAUUCACUCCAGCACAGUGCAGCUGGAGGGGGAUAUUGAUUUUGAAAGUGUCGUGAAGAUGAGCGACGGCCUGAAUGGUGCCGAUCUCCGCAACGUUGUUACCGAAGCUGGCCUCUUCGCAAUCAAAGAUUAUCGGGAUGCUAUCAAUCAGGAUGAUUUCAACCGAGCUGUCCGCAAGGUGGCGGAAGCCAAGAAGCUGGAGGGCAAGCUGGAAUACCAGAAGCUGUAGUCGAAAUUCUAUCAGCAUUCACUUUAUUUCUGGGUGGGUGGCUUUGAAGCUGUCCCUCCAAAGUAACUAGGUGCCUACAGAUCCUAUGACGCAGCAUAGACAUAAUCCAAGCCCAAUACCCAUAUAUCUGUGAUUUUGAGUAGACAAAUCUUCUUCUUAAGGCUCCAUUAA